GUUAUUGUAGCAGUUUCAUGCAGCACAUAAUUGUGCCAACUUAGAUAAGAUAAACAAAUUAGAUUAAACUACGAUUUAGAACCAGCAAGAGGGAAAUGAGUCACACUUCACCACUAAACAUGAAUGGUGCUAAUGUUUGGUAUUCGUGGUGUUUGGCUUAUUCUAGGGAUUCUACAUGCACGCGCCUCCGUCCUCUGACAUCACGAUCCCUUAUAAACCAAAGCAGCGCAUUGUCCUGCAGACCGAAGUUGCUUUCCGAAGGAACCACCGCAGGCAUACUAACAACUCCACAGAAAUGAGUUCGGCACCAGCUCAAUGCUUUUUCAUCUUCUUUGUACUCGUCUUCUCGAGUGUAGUGCGGGUGGGAAAAUGCGCGCCCCCGACCUGUUACUCGCGCGCUCUCCAACUCAGUAAGGAGAUCAUGGACGUGUUGGAGAAGACGCACAGGUCCCCGCGCACGAAGGACUGCGCUGAGAUUUUCCCGAAAAUGUUUCUGGACGUUCACAAUUCCUGUGUGACGGCUAAGCUGCGAGACUUCCUGUAUGUGUUGGAGAAUCUGCCAGGGAUUCAUUGCAGGACACGACCUCGUAUCGUCUUGUUGAAACGCAAGAUCCUCAUACUCUACGAGAUCAUAAGCCGUGUAUGCUACCGGGAUCUGGUGUACCUGACAAAUGACUGUGAGGCUCUGGACACGGGAAUCAGUUACCCACGAUACGCAGAAGACACACUGCAGCUACUGGAGGAGACAAGCUGAGACAGACACACACACGCACACACACACACACACACACUUUUAAUAUAAAAAAUGCUACACGGACGAAAAGCAAAUUCUUUUUAACCAGAAAAUGUGCAAAUACACACACACGCACACACAAACUUGCUUUUGUGUGUAUAAUGGUGUAUGUGUGUGUGUGUGUGUGUGUGUGUGUGUGUAUGUGUGUGUGUGAGAAACUGCAUUCCAGCAGCCAAAGGAAAACUUUCCACAGGAAAUAGUUUAAAUAGCCACUGAGCGCUUACACAAAAUGUGGCUUAUUUAUACCCUAACAACAACAACACACACACACACACACACACACACACACACACACACACACACACACACACACGCACACUUCACAUACUUGCUUGUGUGUAAAUUGUGUAAUGGUCCUCAGAGAGAGUGUUAUGAAACACUGAGUUCUUUUUGUCCCAAGUAGCUUUGGCUACACAGUGCUUUACUCAUCAUAACGAUUACCUUCCUUGUUUACCACAGAGGUCAUAUACACUUCAGUAUAACUUUCAGUUUUACCAGAAUAAACUCUCUGGUAGUCUUUCAGUGUAACUAGCUUAUAUAAUACAUUAACUUUUAUACAUAGCAUGAAUCUGGGUAACUACAAUUACUACCCAACUUCCGAGCUAAUGAUGGUAAUGCUACUCCAAUAACAGCCCUGUUGUGUAAUGCUAGCCAGUCAGCUGUAACUAGCUAUAGCUAACUGUAGUGGACUUUAAUAGUAGCGUUUUUAUUUCCUCUAACAACCACAUUAACAUUGUUAAAUAAAAUAAACAUGGGUGAUUUCUUUAUGGGUUUUCUUUUAAUGACAGUGAUAGUUCAUAUUUUAGCCUGUUUAUUA